CGUGUUGAUGAUGAUCGGAUUUGCCUGUCCUUUCCCCGCUUCCUCCCUCCCCCUCCCCCUCCCCCCCCCUUUACACCCCGACACCCCCCACCCACCACCCCCUUGUCCCUCCAAACCCUUCCUUCUUCACGUUUGAUUGAUAGCCCUGAAGUCAUAUGAGUGGAGAUCAGAGAUCAGAGGCAUCGAUGGAAAGCUUGGCACCGCUGUCGGGAUUCCAUGAGUUGGUCCUUGAGCAUCGGCACCGAGGGCGAAUCCUCAGAGCCCGCGUGUACUUGCGUCCCUAUCGAUCUUUGGCCAUCCAGUUUCUGCUUGAAGACGACGCUGACGUUAAUCAGGCAGUCAAGGUGGCAGUUUACAACAUGAAACUCGCUACUGGUCAGGAUGGGCCAAAAGAACUGCAGCAGCUUUUCCCGUCGGGAUGCCGACUCGCGAUCAAGGAGCCUUAUUUCAAGAGACUCAUUGACGGAUCGGUCGGGAUCCAUGUGGAUAAUCCCCACGAAAUUGUUUUUCUCCCCAAAGAAGAGAAAGUUCCAAAGUCGGCAUUUUCAUCAUCAGCAGCAGCAGCGGAUGACACGUCAGCAAUGGAGAAUCGCAGACAAGCGGGGGAAAUUCGCGAGAUGGGCAACAAAUUGUACAGGUAAUGAACGAAGUUGUUGUUGUUUUUUUUUUCCUUUUUUUAUAGGUAUAAUAAUACUAUAAUUACUAUGUCCUUGACUCGUUGGUUAUUCGUUUUUUUUUUUUUUUCCCUGGUCGUUAGGUAUACGUAGUAUUUGCCCAAUAAACAAAAUAGACGUAG